AUGAUGAUGCAAAUGGAAAACUUCACCGCUUACGGCGGGCCCCACCCAUCUAAUUCCAAUCCCACCCCUCCACCGCCACCGUCACCGCCGGCGAUUCACAACAUCUCUUUCGUCUCCGCCGCCGCAGCAACAACAGAAGAAGAAAGAAACAAAAAUUCCGCGGCGGCGAUGAGGGAAAUGAUAUUUCGUAUAGCCGCCAUGCAGCCGAUAGUUAUUGACCCGGCUUCAGUGAAGGCGCCGAAGAGAAGAAACGUUAGGAUAUCCAAAGAUCCUCAAAGCGUGGCGGCUCGACAUAGGAGAGAGAAGAUUAGUGAGAAAAUAAGGAUUCUUCAACGGUUAGUUCCUGGAGGGAUAAAGAUGGAUACGGCGACUAUGUUGGAUGAAGCUAUUCUUUAUGUUAAGUUUUUGAAAACCCAGGUUCAGUCUCUUGAGAGGAUUUCUGCCGGCGACGGCGACGUUAAUGGAUUUACCGGUGAGUAA